AGCAGAGCAUGAAAAUGGUGUCUAAGGUCAGCGUUUGCAUGGAAGCCUUCUUCUUCUUCCUCUUUUUAAACCUCACAUAUGCAGGAAGAACUGGCCCUUCUUCCUACGUUAUUCUGAACAAUAUUCAACAUGGGGUUUUGGAAGAGGAAAUAACCAACGUAGAAGAAACUUGUCAGGGCAUUGGCAAAGAAGAAUGCUUGAUGCGGAGAACACUUGCAGCCCAUACAGACUAUAUUUAUACACAGAAGCAAAAUCCAUGAGAUCAAUUCUUGGACCUCUCUUGAAAUCCAAUGUUACCCCUGUAGUAGUUUUAUACUUGAGCAGUACCCUCCAUAUGGGGCUUUUGACAGGAGCU